AUACGUUCUUCACCAACGUGACAGUUUCUUUUACAAAUUUUCACACAAAGUUUGUGUAUAUUUUUUUUUUUGUUUAUACAGAGAGAAGAAUAGAGAGAAAACCUCAAAACCGCAUCGUCAGAACAAACGGAACAUGUCUUCGUGUCAGCGGUGUUACUAUAUUUAAAUGAGACAUCAAAAAAAAUAUACCUAAGACAAAUAGAAAAAUAAACUGACGUCGAUGUGCAUAGCCCCUUAUACUAAAAACUUAAAGCAAAGUGACGACAGAAAUAUAAAAAACCGUUGUAGCGUUACAAAACAGCAAAAACUAAAGAAUUCAAUUCAAGUGCAAGUUUAAGCGAAAAGAAGCCAAAACUAAUAACACCUACUCACUUAAGCUCGGAUAUUUUGAAACAGCAUGAAAAUGGUGUUGUCGCAACGGCAGCGCGAGGAGCUUAACCAAGCGAUUGCCGAUUAUUUGGGCAGUAAUGGAUAUUCCGAUGCAUUAGAGGCUUUCCGCAAAGAAGCCGAUCUAAUUAAUGUUGAAUCUGAAAAGAAAUUUGGUGGAUUACUCGAAAAGAAAUGGACAUCGGUUAUACGUUUACAAAAGAAAGUUAUGGAAUUAGAAGCUAAGCUUUCAGAGGCUGAAAAAGAAGUUAUUGAAGGAGCACCAACAAAAGCCAAACGAAGUCCCGGUGAAUGGAUACCAAGACCACCAGAGAAAUUUUCUCUUUCCGGCCAUAGAGCCAGUAUUACGAGAGUUGUCUUUCAUCCGAUAUUUGGUUUAAUGGUAUCAGCAUCCGAAGAUGCCACCAUUAAAAUUUGGGACUUUGAGACUGGCGAAUAUGAACGAAGUCUUAAAGGCCACACAGAUUCAGUACAAGAUAUUGCUUUUGACGCUCAAGGGAAACUAUUGGCAUCCUGUAGUGCUGAUUUGUCCAUUAAAUUAUGGGACUUUCAACAGAGUUAUGAGUGUGUAAAAACUAUGCAUGGACACGAUCAUAAUGUAUCGUCGGUGGCGUUUGUUCCAGCUGGUGAUUUUGUUUUAUCAGCUUCUCGGGAUAAAACAAUUAAAAUGUGGGAGGUUGCCACUGGAUACUGCGUUAAGACAUACACAGGUCACAGAGAAUGGGUUAGAAUGGUGAGAGUACACAUUGAUGGUGGAAUCUUUGCGUCGUGCUCAAAUGAUCACUCAAUUCGAGUGUGGUUGACAAAUUCAAAAGACUGUAAAGUUGAACUGAGAGAUCAUGAUCACACAGUUGAGUGCAUUGCUUGGGCACCCGAAAAUUCCACAUCAGCAAUAAAUGAGGCUGCGGGUGCUGAUAACAAAAAAGGCCAUCAUCAAGGGCCAUUCCUUGCUUCUGGAUCGAGGGAUAAAACAAUUCGCAUCUGGGACGUGAGUGUCGGCCUAUGCUUAUUUACUCUAACUGGCCACGACAAUUGGGUUAGGGGACUAUCAUUCCAUCCGGGUGGAAAGUAUUUGGUAUCUGCUAGUGACGACAAAACCAUUCGUGUAUGGGACUUGCGCAAUAAGCGAUGCAUGAAAACUCUGUAUGCUCAUCAACACUUUUGCACUUCUGUUGAUUUCCACAAAACACAUCCAUACGUUAUUUCAGGAAGUGUGGAUCAAACAGUCAAAGUAUGGGAAUGUCGUUAAAUAUAUUUAUUUUAUUUAAUAUUUAAUUUUAACUUAAAAUGCUAUUAUUAAAAACAAAACAAUAAAUCAUUAAGAUUAUGAAUCCAUAAGAGAAGAUAUUUAAUUAUUAAAAACAAAAACAAAUAAAAAACGAUUAAAAAAAUACAAAAAAACAUAAACCUUGCCACCUGUUUUCUGUUAAAAAAAAUGUUCUCUUUAAAAAAAAUUCAACAAAUAUAAAGAGUUUAUAUUACAAUAUAAGAGUGAACGUCCACAAUAGUUUGAAUUUAAUGAAACAAAAUUAAACAAAAUAUAAAAGAAACAUUGAAAGAGAAAAUAUACAAGACAAUUCUUUACACAGCCAACAAUUCAUGGAAUUCAUUUAUUGUAAAAGUACACUCAAUGAUAUAUAUUUUUUAUUUAGAUAUGGAGAAAAUGUAUUUUUUAUUUGUUUAAAUUUGGAUUGCCUCUGGCUUUUACUCUAUUAUUUAUUAAAUGUUAUUAUUUUUUACACAUUUAAAAAUAAAAAAUCGAUUUGUUUAAAUAAUUUUACAAAACAAAAUACAAAGUGAACAAGCUUCAGAGUCAAAGAUGGGUUUCGUUUAUUUAAAAACAUCACAGAUGAUCACAUGCAGCCACAAAAUAAAAGUGAUGUUAUUUAUCGAACAAAAAUAUCAAAUAUAAUAUUAAGUAACAUUACUUGAUUGACUACAAAUAGGUUAUCUGUAUUUCUUCAUCUGUGACUCAACUGGUGAUAUAUGUAUUUAAUUACAAGACGUGGCCACAUUUUUUUUUUCUUUUUCGUUUUUUGAAAGUAAUUUUAACUCCUUGAGUUAUAAACUCAAUUCAAAUAACAUACAGUUUUGGAUUUAUAGAAAUUUAAUAUAUAUUAUAUUUGUAAUCAUAAUGUGUAGCUUUUAAUAUAUAUAAUAAGCAUAUAAAAACACAAAAAAAAAAUAUAUUUAGCAGGACAAAAACGAUGUUGAGUAAAAAUUCAAUUCAAUUUAGAAGAACAAAAACACAUUAUAAUGAGAAAAAUAAACAUAGAAAACGAAUGCAAAAUUACCCAAUAAUAUUGAUUAAUAAUUGUAAAAUACAUAAAAUUAAUCGUUAAUAAAUAAGCGAUAAGCAUAUUAUAACUUUUAUUUAUUUUUUUUUAAAUCACUUGAUGAACACUACGUGUUGCAACAAAAAAGCAAACCAAAAUUAGAGAAAAGUGACGGUUUCAUACAGUGGUUUAAUUCAAAUGAUGAAGUGAUGCGAAACAAAUGCAUGAUAUAUGAUCAAUGCAGACAUUUUUGAAAAUUUUAAAUUAAUGAAUGCUAUUCAUUUGGGGUAUUAUUAAUGUACGUCCCCAUAACCAUGGUCCAUGGUCGAGGGUGACGGUACUAGAGGUACUCAAAAUCUUGUUUUUAAUAACAAUAAACUGGUGGAAAUUGACAUGUCUUUCUGGAAAGAACCAUUAAUUUGAUGUUUUUGGUCAAGUUAUUCGGCAAAGAGGUGAUAAUUCCACACACGAUGUGAAAAUAUAUCAAAAUUGGGAAAUGGAGUGAAUCUGUUGAAUUAUAGAAUUUGAUUCAAAUUUAAGUGUUAAACUUUUCACUUAUUUCCGAAAUUGUCAUUCGCUUCAAAGGACGCGUAAAAAGUUCGCUCUAGGCAAAAUGAUUUGCGGUGGAGUAGUAAAAAAAAAUGAGAUGACGCUAUUGGAAAGUAUAUGUUUUUGGACGAUAAAAAAUCGACUUUUUGCAAGCAUUUUUAACUUCGAGUCUUGAAAGUUUUUUGAUGAUUUAUUGACAUAACCAACAACAAUGUUUUACCUCUGUGCUGUUGUGGUAAACAUGGGCAUUAAGAAGUCCAUCUAUUCUCAUAAAAAGCUUCUUGAAUUUAUUUUCAGGGUUAACUAACAUUGAGUUAGUUCAACACUGAAAAAUUGACCCUUGCUCCCAUACCUUCCAAUCAUAUUUAAAACCAAUCAUUAACCAAAAAAAAAAAACCGAUGAGACCGUGUAUGAAAACUUAAGAACCCAAUUUUUCUUACAGACGGUUUCAAUUUUUAACUUAAAUUGGAGGCUUUAUUCUAUUUAGGACCACAAAAAAGCAGUCACUUUCCUCCCGUAUGUAUUGUUACUAUAAUUUAAAGUAAUUUUGCAACAUCGAAUACGUAGGCGAAUUUAUGUUACAAAAAUCA